UUGACCUUUCGGGAAAUUUUCACUUCUUAUUCCAUCGAAAUGAUGAAUUUUGAUGUGUUGUACUGAGCAUACUCCGAGGGGAAUUUCGCCACGUGCGGACCGUGACAAAGCAAAUUUAAAUACAGAUAUAUUUGGAGUUAUUUGUGAACUAUUCGAAGACAUCGAGCUUUGAAUAAUUGCAACAAAACCACGUUCGUCAUGGGGGGCGGUGGAAGCCAUCAUGAAACUCACUUUAAUUAYAUCGACCGUACAGCCGAAAUAAUCAGAGARGCACAACGAAGGGAAGAACAACGAAUGGCYGAGGAAAGACGACAAAGAGAGAUCGCAGAAUUAYAACGAAUUCAGCGAGAAACGGAAGCUCGCGCAGCAAUCGAAAGGCAGCGAUUUCUGGAGGAACAAGAGCGGAUCAGAAGAGCCGAGGAAGAAAKAAAAAGAAUCGAAAACGAACGUUUAGAGCGUGAAAGACAGAGGUUGAGAGUUUUGCAAGAGAGGGCAUCAAAACAACGCCGGUCAUUGUUUGAUUACAAACUUGGCUGCAUGACUGGCUUGAGGAAUGUUCAAAUCCAAKCUAGCGAAUUUAAAAAGCUUCGCAUAGGUGUGUUUGGCCCAACCGGAUCUGGAAAGAGCUGUUUUAUCAAUACAUGCGAGCGAACAGUGCGACAAACAGACAAGGGCUCUGUUCCAAUUGCAACGACUGGUUCUGAAGGGACUAUCAUUCUGGAAGACUACUUAACUGAGAUGUUUUUCCGACUGGUCGAUACCCGGGGUUUUUUCAGCUACGACCACCAUGAGGGCAGGGAAAUGAAUGACAUUCUUUACGGUAGGAUUAAGUCGGGUGAUGUCAUUAAGAGAGGGAGUGACCGACUAAACUACAAGUCUCCAGCAAAGAAGAAGGAUGUACCUUUUGAAGAUUGGUUACAUGCAGUCAUACUAGUCGUGAAAGCUAAUGACAUAAGGCUUAAGAAUGGAUCGCUAGAGAUGUACCUCAAGCCUGUCCGUGAUAUUCUGCAUUCUGUAGGAAUGUGUCCAGUAACUGUUGUUACUCACAAAGACACCCUGAACAAUAAACAAGAAUGCACUAACGCACUACAAUGUGCUGCCGCAGCAACAGGAAGCUCACUCACCGACACCUUCUUUGUAGCCAACUACUGCCCCAAUAACCCUGGUCCUGAUGUGGAGACUGAGCUACAAAUCUUUGAGAUUCUCAAUUGUACUCUCAAAGCAUCAGAGGAGUACAUUGAAAAUGCUAAACGAAAGAAACACGAGAAGAUUGAAAGAGAGAUGAACAAGGUGUUAUGUGGCAAAGUAAAUAAAAAACCUGACUCAAUUGUAUCGCAUGCCCCUAUUGGACUCUUUUUACACAUUUUACAUGCCAAACACAGCUGGAAAGAUAUUGAUGUCCCCACGUUGACAGAGUUACUUAUGGAGCAAGAUGUCACUUCUCUUGGAAUUCUAGCAGCAUGUUGGAUAGAAAUCAAUACUUUACUGCCUUUAUGUGUAAUGACUGCAAUUGAAACUGACUUGAGGAAAAUGCUGAUGAUUUUCGAAGACUUCCUUUCUGAGAUGUUCUUCAGACUGGUUGACACCAGAGGGUUUUUCCACUACGAUGCUAGCGAGGAGUGUGAGUUCAACGACAUUUUGUAUGGCCGAGUGAAACCCGGAGAUGUCAUAAAKAGARCAGGCGAURUGUCAUCUCAUCCACCAGAAGUGAAGAGAAAAGAGGCGCCAUUUAGUGACUGGACCCAUGGUAURAUUCUGGUAGUUAAYGGACAGGAUACUCGACUCCGCAAUGGAAUGUUGAAAGAUUAUUUUAGUCAAAUAAGAAUGUUAUUGCGCACGAUAGGUUUUUCCCCUGUAACGGUGGUGACACACAGAGACACCCUCAAAACACAGAAAGAGUGUGAGGAUGCCCUAGAGCUUGCUUCAGCRGCUACAGGAAGCUCACGYAGUCACACGUUCUUUGUGGCCAACUAUUGCCCUGAUAAUCCUGGACCUGACGUSAACACMGAGCUCCAAGUCUUCGAUAUUUUGCAUUUUGCUCUCACUACAGCCGAACGUUAUGUUAAGAUAGCAAAACAACAGAAGAGGAACAGACAGGAGGAUCAAAUUCAGAAGGCAAUAGACGAUAUCUGCAACAACGUACAAACACUACUCGUCGAUCCCACAAUUCCAGUUGACCUUUUUCUGACAGCACUUCAAGCCAAGUACGGAUGGAAAGACGCAGACCUCAAAAAAGUAUUGGAUCAAACAGACCAGGAAGACAUCAAAACCAUAGGGGUCCUGAACAAAACCUGGAAAGAGAUAGAUAAGACGGUUCCUUUAAAAAUGCGAAAUGUCAUCGAUAAGUAUUUAAAGAUUAUGUUUAAAACAUCUGGCCAAACUUUUCAGUAUGUUCUUAUUUCCAUCGCGAUUCCUAUAAUCAUGAUUUUGGUGUAUGCAGUGUUUUUUCAUAGUUGUGAUUAAGUUAACAUAGGUUGUUCCUUGGUGUUACUGAGUUARAGACYGAAGAUACUGGAAACAAACAAUGAAACGUCUCCCUACUUCCCAGUUGCCCUCUUCUUCACCAGUUCUUCUAAAGGAACCCCAAUAGUAGAAAGAGUAAAAGGGUAGUGUGGUUAAGGAGGGCCAGAGUCCACAAAGAUCAAUUUUUAUUCAAUUAUUUCUAAAGUAUAUAGAUUAUCAAAUUACAAUUUAUAAACGUAUCUUAAAAUACGUAGGUGCAUGAAGGUAGUUAAAUUGUGUAAGCUUCUAAUUAAGUGAUGACGUUUAGAAAUAAAACAAAAUAAAUUAGUUUACACAUAGA